AUGAUGGCGAUGAGUAACAAUGAUGCCUCUCAUUUCUCUUUCAACCCUGUUGCCUUCUUCUUCCUAGUAACUGGAACUCCCAUGCACUGUUCUCAAUUCUUUAGCCUCGUAGCUACAGCUACUGUGGCAGGGGCACUCCUGCUUCAGGUUGAUACCGGAAGUCCUGGCCAUGAGUUAAGCCCUUUGCUCCACGGUCUUAUGUUUGAGGACAUCAGCAACAGCGGCGACGGAGGCCUCUAUUCACAGCAACUAAGAAAUAACGCAUUUCAAGGCGGUGUGACUACCAUCGACCCCUGGACGGUUCAUUAUGGCGCGGCGGAAAUUUCCCAUGAUACCCAAACACCACUGACCGACGCCAUCACUUCAUCCCUCAAAAUUACAAUCCCCAUCGGCGCUGAUGGAUUUACUGGCGUUGCGAACCCUGGCUACAGAGGCAUCAUCGUGAACGGGGGGUACUACAAUACCACUUUCUGGCUUCGUGGUGAAUUUCAGGGCGAUGUCAAGAUCCGCCUUCUAAGCAAUGAGACUGAUGUCGAACAUGGCUGGGCUAUCAUUCCCGUCGACUCCAAGGCCGAUUCAUGGACGCGAUAUGAAGCCGGAUUCUGGACGACAGCCGCCGCCGAUGGGAACAAUCUCUGGGUUUUCGAGAUCUUGGCCGAGACUCUGACUAGUGGAAGUAUCAAUCUUGGUUACCCGACUUUGUUUCCUCCUACUUUCAAAGGUAGAGAAAACGGCUUGACAGUCGAUCUGUCCGAAGCCCUCGUAAAUCUCAAACCCCAGUUUCUGAGAUUUCCUGGGGGUAAUAACCUUGAGGGAGGCGGCCCGCAUGACCGCUGGAAAUGGAAUGAAACAAUAGGUUCUCUUGAAUCUCGACCAGGACGUUGGGGUAGGGCCUCGUUGCACCUUGAUUGGUGUGAGGAUAUGUCCUUGGAGCCUAUCCUGGACGUAUGGGCUGGUCUCGGACUUGCGGGACUCCCACCAUUAGUAGGAGAUGAGCUUGAGCCGUAUGUUGAGGACGCAAUCCGUGAGAUUGAGUUCGUCAUUGGUGACAUCGACACGUCUGGCGGGGCACUUCGCGCGUCUCUCGGAUACCCAGAGCCGUACCAGCUCAACUUUGUCGAGGUUGGGAAUGAAGAUAACCUCGCCGGCGGCUCCUGUCUGCCGGACCCAAUUCCCGAAGGCGCAUGGCUUGACUUCCACGACUACAAUGUGCCGGAGAAUUACAUUAACGCAUAUGAGUUUUAUGACGACUGGGAUCGCGCUUAUCCUGUGUUUAUUGGUGAAUAUGCCAGGUGGGGCGUCAAAUGGUCCGAUAUGCGAGGUGCCUGCUCCGAAGCAGUCUAUAUGAUGGGUUGGGAGCGUAACGCAGAUGUGAUUAAACUAGCUGCCUACGCACCUACACUACAGAAUUACGACCCUGUCAACGGCCAAUGGACGCCUAACCUUAUUCCCUUUACUAACAAACCCGAUGGCAUCGUUUAUACUCCAUCUUAUUACGUUAAAAGGAUGUUUGCUAAUAAUCAUGGCGAUGUUGUUGUCCCCGUUACAGCUGAUGUAGAGCUCAACCCUGUCUGGUGGGCAGUAAGUAUGAAAGGAGAGGGCUAA